GACACGAAUGUUGACAGCAGGUAAAACUUUAGCCCCCGGACGUACGAGAUUCGCGGACACGUGAUGACGGUGUUUCGUCGCGUCUCGCUUAUGCCCAAGCCCAAGGUAUCCGAGGUGCUAACAGCCUAUCUGAAGCAGUGCAACGAACCACCCUGGACCUCCUACUUCAUCAAGCAGCAUCGCGACGUGGUAAACGAUCAGUUCGGCCGGUCCCACUUCAACUGGACGCUAGACACGGGCACCAACUAUCACAUUCUGCGGACCGGGUGCUACCCAUACAUGAAGUAUCACUGUACUCGCCGGCCGCCGCAGGACCUGUGGCUUGAGGAUCGAUUCUUUCGAUGCAUCAAGGUAGCAAAUCUGGGGCUGCCACAACUGUUUUACGGACUGGCCGCCGUCUUCCUGAUCCGCCACACCGAGUACGUCGAGAUGGGGAACCAGGGCCGGGUGCCAAUCUACUUUCUGUACGCCGAGGACAAGGGAUCACAGUACUGAGUGGUGGAUCCAAGUAUACCGCAUAACAGAACGUACGAAACCAAGGAGCAAUGUGGGAGGU